CAUUCGACAUUAGGUUUGUUCAUAUUUGUAUUUGCAACAAUUUGUAAGGUGAUAAUAUUGUAGGUCAACGUCAAAUAUGAAAAAAAGCAUUUUAAAAUAUUUAUUUAUUUAUGUUGCAUGUUAAUAUAUACAAUUGUAAAUGUGUCUUGUGUAUUAACUUGUUUAAUUUUGAUCUCUGGUUAUAUUAUUUAUUUAAUUAUUAAAUUCGUUAGAAUGGAUCCGGAGGAUGCAAAAUUUUUAAGAACAGAUCGAAGACCUGGGACCCUUGAUGUUCAUCCAAUAUUAAAUGCUAUUGUAUUAAAUUAUGAGUUAGAAGUUCAGAUUCUGGGUCAGAAUGAAUCCAUUUUAUAUGGUGAAAAGCAGAAUUUGAAGAAGAUUAUUGAACUUCCAAUGUUAAGUACAAGAUCUGACUGUAAUGCUUUGGCAAAGGAAGUCCUUUCUCAUUGUGAUUUAAUCCAUCCAUCCAGACAUGUUGAAUUAGAACAAACUAUAUUCUACUUGAAAAAGCGUAAAGUCCACACCAGUGGAAAAGAUUCAGAAGGUGGCAAAAAUUGUGCCAUAGAUCAGGAAAAGGCUAACAUAAAUAACCUAACUGAAUACAUAGAGCUUCUUUAUGAAGGAAUUCCAGAGAAGGUUAAAGCUUCAAUGGCAAUUUUAGUCUUGGCCAGAGAGCCAGACAAUUUGGAAUCUCUUUCUAAAAAUGAGACCCUCCUGAGUGCUCUUACUCGAGUGCUUCGAGAAGAUUGGAAGAAAAGUAUUGUUUUAUGCACCAAUUUAAUAUUCAUUUUCUUUUGUUUCUCUACAUAUUCUUGUUUUCAUAACGUUAUAUUGCAGUAUAAGAUUGGUUCCUUGUGUAUGAAUGUGAUUGGUUAUGAGCUUCAAAGAUAUGAAGAUUGGAAAUUGCAAUUAGAAAGUGGUGUUAAAGAAGGAGGUAUUAGUAAUUUGAAGAGGAGUUGUUCCAAUAGUAUAAGCAUGUCUGAGAUUCCAAGAAGUAGGAUUCCAGAAAAGGUGAGACCUAAAUCUGGCAACUUUAGCGAUGUCAAUAUGAAAUCGGUUAUGGAUGGAAGUGUGUAUGAUGAUCUGAGUCAGUCCAUAGAAAAUAUAGACGACAAAAAACAGCUAACCGAAGCAGAGAAAGCAAAGCGAUACAGGACACUUAUUAAAAAACAAGAACAAUUGCUAAGGGUUUCAUUUUUUCUCCUAUUGAACAUUGCUGAAGAUGAAAAUGUUGAAGAAAAAAUGGCAAAGAAGAAUAUUGUUGAUUUAUUGAUUCGUUCCUUGGAUAGAGAGAAUGAAGAACUUUUAAUAUUAGUUUUAACCUUCCUUAAAAAAUUAUCCAUAAUGCAGGUUAAUAAAGACGAUAUGAUUGAAUGUCAAAUUAUUGAUAAAGUACAUAGAAUGCUUCAAAGCAACAAUGUCGAUGUACUACAUUUAACAUUAAAAUUGCUUUUCAAUUUAUCGUUCGAAGAAGAUGCAAGGAUACAAAUGGUCCCGUUAUUACCAAAAUUUGUUACUCUUUUAUCCGAUGAUAGGCAUCAGGAUGUCGUCAUUAAAUUGUUGUAUCAUUUGAGCUAUGAUGAAGAAGUUAAGGCACAAUUCUCAUUUACGGAUUGCGUUUCUUUGAUAGUUGACAUGCUCUUGUUAAGUGCCGAUAUUCAAGUUGACGAAGUUAUGGUUGCGCUAUGUAUAAAUUUGGCUACGAAUUCGAACAACGCACAACAAAUGAUUGAUGAUAGUCGCUUACAUGGAUUAAUGACACGUGCUGUGGCUAAUGAGGAUUGCUUUUUGAUGAAAAUGUUGCAUAAUAUUUCUGAACACAAUACCACUAGAUCCAGCUAUAUAGAAUUUGUUGGAGAUUUGGCAAAAGCUGCUACUGAAUCAAAAAAAGAAUCGUUCGUAUUAGAGUGUAUCGGUGUUUUAUCAAAUCUUCAUCUAUCCGAUUUAGACUGGGCAGAAAUUUUUAAACAUUUUAACAUGAUGUCAUGGGUUAAAGAUAUUUUAAUAUCUAACAGUGCCGAGCCUGAUAUAAUUUUGAACGUUAUCAUUUUACUGGGAACAGCAGCCCAUGAUGAGGGCUGUUCUGUGCUCUUCUGCAAGUCGGAAAUGAUCUCGUGUCUAAUAGAUCUGCUGAAAACGUACCAAGAAGAUGAUGAAAUUGUUCUACAAAUAAUGUAUGUGUUUAUGAUUGCCCUUUCACAUCAACAGAGCAUUGACUACGUAAUAAGUGAUAGUGAAGCACCAGCGUAUUUGAUCGAUUUACUUCAAGAUAAUAAUAAAGCAAUCAGGAAAACUUGCAAUAUUUGUCUAGAUAUGAUAUCUGAAAGGAGUUCUGUUUGGGGAGAGCGUAUUAAAAUCGAACGUUUCCGAAACCAUAAUGCCCAAUGGCUUCAAAUGGUGGACUCUCAUCAAUUAGAACCAGAUCUUGAGGAGGAGGAUUCCGAAUUACCUCCGUAUCUCAAUACAGACUUUUUGAGUGUAUCUGUAAUGCCACCAUUGAAAGGUGGCCCGGAUGUAACUGUUCAAGAAUCUGAGAUAAUAUCUAAUAAAGAAUUGGAUUAUAAUUACUUUGAAAGAGCAGAUAAUAAUGGACUUCAGGACUUUGAAAUGGAGUCUAUGUAGAAUAUCAUAAAAAAAACUAUGAUUAUUUUAGUCGCAAGCUAGUUAUUAUUUUUAGCUUUACAGAUGUCUUAUAUAUAAUCUUACAUAUGCAAUUCAAGUGUGUGACAUUUUAAUUAUAGUAUCCAACGUUCUAAAGCGUGUACUAGUCCAUAAUUAUUUUAUGUGAUGAUCUCUAUGAUAUAGCAAUGUAUUUUCUAAAUAAAGCUAAAUAAUUUAA